AUGUCCCACAGGUGUCCCCGGUGUCACUCAGGUGUCACUCAGAUCAUCGCCUUUGACGAGCUCCGCACGGACUUCAAGAACCCGAUCGAUCAGGGCAACCCCGCGCGGGCGGUGAGAGACCGGGUGUCCCUGGUGCCACCGGGGUGUCGCUGUCGCCCCCAGCUGGUGGUACCCGAGUAUUGCAUCCACGGCCUGUUCUGCCUCAUGUUCCUGUGCGCGGCCGAGUGGGUGACGCUGGGGCUGAACCUGCCCCUGCUGCUCUACCACCUCUGGAGGUAUUUCCACCGCCCGGCCGAUGGCUCCGAGGGCCUUUUUGACGCCGUGUCCAUCAUGGACGCCGACAUCCUGGGCUACUGCCAGAAGGAGGCCUGGUGCAAACUCGCCUUUUACCUCCUGUCCUUCUUCUACUACCUGUACAGUAUGGUGUACACACUGGUGAGCUUCUGAGGGGGGGCACCCCCGGACCCC